CCUCCUCUCCUCCAAUACGCCUCCAUAUCCCACAAACCAAGUCUUGGUUUCUCUUCCACUUUUUCCUUCCUUGUUUUCUCACAAAACCACUAAUCGCUUUCCGAGCGAUUUUCCGAUCUCUUCCUAAAUUCCACUCCAUUCUAUCCAGAAACCCGAUCUAUGUCCAUCGAUUUCUCGAGCUGUUCCAGCCGCUGAAAUUCAACAACUUUUUUGUUUGAUUUAAUUUUUUUUCCAUAUUAUGCUAAUUUCUAGCUGAAUUUGGUUUGAAUUUUUGUUUCUUAAAUUAGUUGUUUUUGCUAGAUGAGAAUUAGGAGCAUUUAUGGUUGAAUUUCUCUGUUUCAAUUCAAUUCAAUUCAGCAGCUUCAUUAUUUACUUUUUCUUCAAGAAAAACAGCGCAGUCUGAUGCAUAUUUAUUGAUCCAGAAGUCGAAACCAGUCCAGUCCAGUCUGAUCAAGUUCUUGUUUGAGUUUUUCUCAGUUCAAUUUCUCUAAAUUCUCAUUUGAAAGAUAGAGUAUAAAUACAAAUAUAUAUAUAGAUAGAGGGGGAGAGAGAGUGAUGACGUCGGGGACGAGGCUGCCGUCAUGGAAGGAGAGAGAGAACAACAAGAGGAGAGAGAGGAGGCGAAGAGCGAUCGCGGCGAAGAUCUUCGCCGGACUGAGGAUGUACGGGAACUACAAGCUGCCCAAGCACUGCGACAACAACGAGGUCCUCAAAGCCCUCUGCGAUGAGGCCGGUUGGACCGUCGAGCUUGACGGCACCACCUACCGCAAGGGAUGCAAGCCUGUGGAACGCAUGGAUAUUAUGGGUGGAUCUGCAUCAGCAAGUCCAUGUUCAUCUUACCAACCAAGCCCCUGUGCAUCUUACCAACCAAGCCCCUGUGCUUCUUACAACCCAAGCCCAGGCUCCUCUUCCUUUCCAAGCCCAGCUUCCUCUUCUUAUGCUGCCAAUGCUAAUGUAGAUGGCAGUUCCCUCAUCCCAUGGCUCAAGAACCUCUCAUCUGCUUCUUCAUCAGCCUCCUCCUCCAAGCUUCCCCAUCUCUACAUUCACUGUGGCUCAAUUAGUGCUCCUGUCACACCCCCAUUGAGCUCCCCAACUGCCCGAACCCCUCGACUCAAACCCAACUGGGAUGACCCUUCUGCCCGUGUAGGCCGGGGUGGCACUCACUACCCCUUGCUUCCUUCUUCUACCCCACCAAGCCCUGGCCGUCAGAUCCUUCCUGAUUCAGAAUGGUUUGCUGGGAUUCGAAUCCCACAAGGCGGACCAACAUCUCCAACAUUCAGCCUCGUCUCUUCAAAUCCGUUUGGCUUCAAGGACGAGGUCAUGGCGGGUGGUGGGUCUCGUAUGUGGACACCUGGGCAAAGUGGAACUUGCUCUCCUGCCAUCGCAGCAGGCUCUGACCAUACUGCUGAUGUCCCUAUGUCUGAAGUGAUUUCAGAUGAGUUUGCUUUUGGAAGCCACACAGCAGGGCUGGUGAGGGCGUGGGAAGGAGAGAGGAUUCACGAGGACUGUGGUGAUGAUCUUGAGCUUACUCUUGGGAGCUCAAGGACCAGGUAAAGAAAUGCUGAGCAGAAAAGAUGGAAGGUUUUGUUUGGGAAAGAAUAGAGGCAUGGUUCGAGGUGAGGUCGUUGAUGCUUGGGGCGGUUUCAAAACCCUUUAUUUGCUUUUGAUCCUUGUUAGUUGACAUUUUCUUGAAAGCUUUAAGAAACAGAAGUUUGGAUUCCUCUGAGUUCUCAUUUGCCAUUGAAAGCAAUGCCUGCCUAAUCAAAACUUGAAAUUGGAAUGUAUCUCAGUGGUUGAACAUGUUUUUGAAUUGGGAUUAGAGUGAACUUCCUUGUACAUUCUUUGAAAUUAUAAUGUGUUGUCUACUUUGACCAUUAUUCCAA